GUUCACGUCACCUGAACAUUUCAAAGAUCAGACAUACACCUUGGACAGCAAAUAUAUUGAUUCUUCGCCGCCUUUCUCCAACAUAAUUGCUCAAUAACAGAUUUUUCAUUCUGGAUUUGUCAGAGUUCUUUGCAUCUAGUCAUUCUUAUGUUAAGUGAAUGAAACCGUUAAAGCGGAGCAGAGAGCGCUAGCUAUAUUGCCUUUGGAGCAGGUACCACGCAUUGGGAUUUUGGAGAUCUUUUUGAGCAUUGCAAAAGUUCUUUCAACCCCACAAGCGUUCGAUGACAAAGCUUUCUAGAUGGAUAGUUUGGAGCUCAGAGAGAUUUUAGCUUAUUCAGGUUGGUAAUUUGGAUUCUGAAUGGAGAGCCACUGACCAAGAAGUUGAUCGACUUUAUGUGGUCAUUGGAGAUGCUGAAAGGAAGCCUAGGAAUGUCCUUCCAUAGCGCAAAUAGUUGGCCAAUCUGUAAGGACGAUGUGAACAAGGUUAGGACUUGGUGCAGAACGAGGCCUAAUCAGUCUGAAGGUCAAAAAUUGUCACCGGAUCUGGCACCAUCAGAUGCCGGUGGAAAUCCACCCGAAGCAAGAAAUUUUUCAGGGUCUAGUUCAGCUCCACGAAGUCACCCUCUCCCAAAUCCUCUGCUUGGCCAUGGAAAUACUGUCGGCAUAAUUGGAGGACCAUAUGUGCUAUCUACGUUAGUUUUCUUGGAGAAGCUUGUCUUAUGGAGCUCCAAGGGCGGUGAAGAAAGCGUCCCUUUUGUGGUCUGCAGCGACCCGGCUUUAAACAAAGACCUUUCCCUCUGUAGCCCAUUCCGCUCGUCACGCAGAAGAAAUGUUCGAUUGGAGUUAAAUGAAGAUGCAAUCAUCGAAAACUUGCGGAGAAAGAGAGCAUUUCUCGAGGAUGCAGGAGCAGGGUGUGUAGUCAUGCCGUGUCACUUGUGUCAUGUGUGGCACGAGGAGGUAUCCAGAGGGUGUGCCUUGCCAUUCCUUCACAUGGGCGAAUGCGUCGCGAGGGAGCUCAAGAGGGCCAAGUUGAAGCCGCUUGAAGCUGGAAGUGAUGCACGAAUCGGGCUGCUUGGGAUGGACGCUGUUUUGACGAGUGGCUUUUAUCAGGAGCAGCUCCAGAGGCAGGGCUUCGAAGUCAUGCUGCCCGACAAAGCAACCAUGGACCACAUUUACAUUCCCGCAGUCGAGGCAUUGCACAGGAAGGACAUCGAAGGGGCGCGAAUCCUCUUAAGAAUAGCGAUCCAAGUCCUCCUAAUCAGGGCUGCAAACACCGUAGUCCUCGCUUCCGACGAAAUGCAGAGUCUUCUGCCUCAUGAUGAUCCUCUUCUGAAGAAGUUCACCGACCCCAUGGAUGCGCUGGCAAGGUCGGCGAUAGAAUGGGCCAAAUCUAAAAGGCAAAAACCUGCAUAAGCAGGGUGAAGCUUAAUCUUUUUAGGAAAACAUAUGAAGCCAUAGCUCUCGGUCAAAAAAAUUGUGCAAUGGUAGAGGAAUUCCGCUCUUGGAAUAAGCAAGCUCAAUGUCAUCCACAAAUAUGCUAAGCAAAGAUAGCGAUUAGACACAUAAACUGGACAGAUGAUCAAGCUUUUGAUGUAUAUUCAGUGAUGGUUUUGAUAUAUCCAUCAUUUCUUCCAUCGACAUAGAGAACAAACAUAUAUUCAGCAUUUGGAAA